AUCACAUAUUAAUCAUAUCUUAAUAAAACCAAAACCUUGUUAAAACUUAAAACAAAGCAAUGUUACGGUCAGAAGUACAAAAUCCUAAAGUUUUGAAUUAACCUAUAAAAAUGAUGACCUCAGCUCUUCACCACUUUCGAGUUUGACUGAAAACAAUUUUUUAUAUUAUAAUUUUUUACUAUAUUAUGCUUCAAACAAUACUAGUGGCCUACCUAGUGCACAGAAUAAGCUGCGUUCAGUGUUUACCCUUGUUCAUUAAGUUAUAAACCUAUACUACUUAAAUCAAUGAUAUUAUGCUAGGUACUUAUUUACAGACAUGACUGAUAGGUACUCACAUGAUGAUGGUGACAUUGAUGUUUUGUACAUUAGUGAAAAUAUACCAGGUCCAUCAGAACAAACCCUGGAAUACGAGGAACUGAUCCAAAACUUCAAUUCUCAACUAACGCAUAGUUGUAAAUGCAACGAUAAAUGCUUGUCAGACAGUUGUGAGUGCCUUCGAAUGUCUGGUGGUCGAAAUUACACUUUACUUGUUCAGCAGAAAACUAAUUCAGAGGUCUUUAUAAUCAACAAAAACGAUUAUUUAAACUUGAGCUCUUAUCCAAUUGUUGAAUGCAAUGAGUUGUGUCAGUGUGCAAAUAGCUGUGGUAAUAGACUAGUUCAAAAUGGGCCUAUAUCAACUCUCUAUGUAAAAUCAUCACAAAAUAAAUUGAUUGGGCUAGGUUUAUUUUCAAACACUUUGAUUCCGAAAGGAUCAUUUGUAUGUGAAUAUGCUGGAGAAGUUUUAACUAAAAAUCAAGCUCUGUUUCGUCAUUACUGUAAUGAAAAACACAACAAAAUGAAUUAUAUUUUCUGUUUGAAUGAACAUGUUGCAGGUAAAACUGUUCAAACGUAUAUUGACCCUAGUAGUUUUGGUAAUAUUGGCAGAUACAUAAACCACAGUUGUGAUCCUAAUUGUGAAAUAGUGCCUGUAAGAGUUAGUUCUCCUAUACCUAAACUUGCUGUGUUUAGUUUAAUCGAUAUUGAACCUGAUACUGAAAUAACUUAUGCUUAUGGUUCUGAUGACAUUAAUAAUCCAGUUUCUGAUCAAAAACCAAGAAAGCCUUGUUUAUGUAACACCACUAAGUGCAAAGGUUUUUUGCCUUAUUUUCCUUGUUAAUUUCUUCAGUCUUGAUUUCUUAACAGAGCUGUCUGCUGUAUGAGACUGCUGGUGCAGCUCCCCACUAGACCACUCCAGCCAGGAAAGCUCACUCCAGAAGCUGAGCAGGCCAUCCAGGUCAGCGAGGACUUCAGCAGUGUUGCUGGGGAGCCAAUAUAAUCUUCUUGUUGAGUAGAUAUACCACUACAUGUGUUCCAGUGUCUCUCCACUCUCCAUGCAUGCUCUGCAUAGAGUCUACAGUCAGUCAGUUAAGAGUCAGUAUAACUACAAUAGUGGUGUUUGUUUAAUGAACAGUGUCCUGUUAUUGUGCUUCCAACUGGCCAAAGUUCCCUCGGUUUCAUUGUAGUUUCUUAGUAAGAUGUCUACAAUCUGUAGUGUUUGCCUAUAGUCCAGCACCUUAUUAUAAUUCUAAGUAUUUAACUGAGAAAUAAAGGCCAAAUUCGAACUUCUGAUUUCGGUCACCCAUCCAGCUACCGACUGGGACCAACAUUGCUUUUUAUAUAAAAGUAGCAUGUAGAGAAUAGCUAAUAGUAUGUAUAGCUAAGAAAGUCAUUCUAAUAAUAUCUAUGUAAGUAAAUAAAAUAAGUUGCUAAGGAUUAAGGUCUAUAAUAAAUGACAACAUUCUCAAUAAAAUAUUAAACAACACUUA